AUCUAUUACAUUUAUUGAGGUAUGGUGAAGCACAGUUCCAAGCCAGUUUCUGGGCGAGCAUGGAAGCAGAAGAAAGAGUGCAGAUUUUCUUCUCUGGCAAAGGACAAGCAGUCUACCUCAACCUUUGGAACUAAGAUGCAAUUAAAAGACCAGAAGAAGAAUGUACAAGCGAUUCUUAAUAAGAUUCAAUCAGACAGAGUUGCCGAGAGUGAGGCAAAGAAUGCAAGAAUUGCUGAGAACAGAACAAGGCGAGCAGAAAAUGAAAGGAAACAGGAAAUUGUUCAGAAGAUAACAAAUACGAAGAAGCUAAAGAAGAUCAAGAAGAAGCACUUGAGAAGUAUUGAAACUCGAUGAAGUUUUACAGACUGCUGCUAGAGUCCAUAAUUUCUGUAUUUUCCCCUCUAGUUCUAGGGAUCUGCAUAUUUGUCAGAUUGGGCCAUUUUAUUUUUGGGUUUAGUUUAUUUUUCCUGUGACGAGCAAUUUAAACAAGAAUUUGCUACUGUUGAAUCUAAUUUAUUAGUUUUACUUAUAUUAUAUA